CAAGACCUUAUACCUUAUUCCAACUUCUCACAUCCUCUCUGCUUUUCCUUUUCCUUUUCCUUUUCCUUUUCCUUUUCUUGUCCUAUUUCAACUCCUUUUCGCAACCUUCUCCUAUUAUAAACAGUUGCGACGGUCUCUCCUUCCUCCUCCGUAUAUCGCAAUAUAUACUUGCAUUUGCGGAAUCCGCUCUUGAUGGGAUUUCGCCGAUCACACAUAACGAUGCAUAACCUCAUUGCCUGGACUGCGAAAUCGGUGCGACGACAUGGGGAUCCUUCGACGAAUCAACAUCCGUCAAAGGACGGAUCGGAUCUAGGUGCCGUGAAGUACCACCAAAAUGCCAUGAUUUGAGGUUGACUAACACUUCAUUGUUAAGCAUUUCCUUAUUAAGCCAUUACUGUACCAGAUAUUCGUGCUUUGAUCUGCUAUGCAAUCUUUCAUAAGCCAUUACUGCACCAGAUAAACGGCUUUAAAUCUACUAUGCAAUCUUUCGUAAGCGCUCCCUCUAUCUCUAUAACGUUCGCUUUCCAACGGUAAGUAUUUUUUUUUCUUCACAUUUUCUCCCUCCAUUUUUCCUCAUUAUCUUUUUCACUCGCGUACUGUUCAUCAUGUCCGAAGUGAAUCGUCUCGAAAAUGCAGAAAAGUCACAAGAAGCAGAAGCGAGUUUACAAGGUGCCAUCGUCCCCAAUGAAUUAGAUCAAUGCCAAGAACAUCCUACUGUAGAGGAAAGAGAGAGAUUACCAGAACAUGUCUCUAUCCACACUCAAUCCUCUUCAUCGUCAAUAGCAGAAGACCAGGAUGAUACACCCGAUCUCGAAUUGGCACCUGUUGCUUCCGGCCCACCAUAUUCGGCUUUUGGUCUCUGGAAGAAGAGAUAUAUUGUCGGCAUGUGCACAUUGGCAGCUUUCAUCUCCCCUACGUCGGCCAACAUAUACUUCCCGGCGCUUAAUCCACUCGCCGCCGACCUCGGUGUAUCUAAUACCCUCAUCAAUUUGACUCUCACAUCUUUCAUGAUCUUUCAGGGUCUGGCGCCAACAGUUUUUGGAGAUUUGGCAGAUAUGGCUGGAAGACGUCCUACAUAUAUCAUUUCGUUCAUUAUAUACUUGGGCGCAAAUAUUGGUCUGGCGUUACAGAACAAUUAUGCUGCUUUGUUCAUCCUACGAUGUUUACAAAGUUGUGGAAGUAGCGGUGCCAUCGCUUUAGGGUUUGGAGUCAUUGCAGAUGUAUCCACAAGUGCCGAACGGGGAUCUUACAUGGGACUUGUUGGAGCUGGCGCCAUGAUGGGACCAGCUAUAGGACCUGUGAUUGGUGGAAUCUUGGCACAAUUCCUGGGAUGGCGCGCAAUCUUUUGGUUUCUCGUAAUCCUCGCAGCUGUGUUCCUCAUACCAUUUACUCUUACAGUUCCUGAAACUGGUCGGAACGUUGUUGGUAAUGGAUCUAUCCCACCUCAAGGUUGGAAUAUGACGGUUGUUGAAUGGUGGAAAUAUCGCAAAGAACAAAAGUCUGCAGAUGGGCUUUCUCGGACAGUAACAGCUGAAAAUAGAAGAGCUGCGCAGGCCGACCUUGCAAGCAAACGAAAACUACGUUGGCCAAAUCCUUUAAAAACAGUAUACAUCAUCAUGGAGAAGGACGUUGCCAUGGUGUUAUUUUACAAUGCUCUACUAUACACAGCAUUCUAUGACGUUACAGCUUCUAUACCACAACUUUUCAAGGAAAUGUAUGGAUUCAAUGACUUACAGAUUGGUCUAUGCUAUCUCCCGUUUGGAUGUGGUUGUGCGUUGUCUAGUAUCAUCAACGGUAAAAUGUUGGAUCGAAAUUACAAGAAAAUUGCCCGAAACAUCGGAUUUAGCAUCGACCAUAAGAGGGGCGAUAACCUGAGACAUUUUCCCAUUGAAAGGGCUAGAUUAGAGAUAAUUUGGCCUCUCUUGGGUGUGGGACUUGCUUGCUAUCUUUGUUAUGGUUGGGUUCUGGAGAAGAAUGCAAACUUGGCUGCACCUCUCGUUCUUCAAUUCUUGCUAGGGCUUUGCAUUAACGGUUCUUUCAAUAUUCUUAGCACACUUGUUGUUGACUUAUAUCCACAAAGUCCAUCUACUGCGACAGCUGCAAAUAAUCUUGUACGAUGUCUACUUGGUGCAGGUGGAACAGGGAUCAUUACUAUUAUGAUUGAUCAUAUGGGAAGAGGAUGGUGCUUUACAUUCAUUGCUCUUGUGUGCAUUUUCACAUCUCCAAUGUUAUGGAUUGAAUUGAAAUGGGGACCGGUAUGGAGAGAAGAAAGAAUGGUAAGAAUAGAGAAGCAGGCUGAGGAGGAGAAGUCUAGACAGGAAGCUAAUGCUCAAGUCACGCAAAAUGAUGGAACGAUGAACGAGAAGGUUUAAUGAUACCUUUAGCUAUUUUGAUGAUGUUUGGCGUUUGUAUGUAGCAUUAGAUGGUUUGAUUUCUGGCAUAUACCCGGUUGCGUUUUAUUUAUAAUCUACUCGGUAUUGCAUGUAUUGGGGGGAGAUGAAGAAACUAUUCGAGUAUGGUGCGGUGGCAAGGGUGGGAAGAGAUUGUUUAGUUGUUAAUUCGUGAAGGGCCAAUAAUGUAUAGUACUGUAUUGAUUGUAUAGCUUAACAUGCUAUCUCAACAAUCCAUUCACAUUCAAUCAACUGUGAGCCGGACUUAAUGCUGCUUUUUGCUUUA